CUUGCCAACUCUUAUGAGAUUUAUUCAACUUCCUGGUGAUUCUCCACCACUUUAUGUAUCCAAAUCAAGCUUCUCACAAAGUGAGUCAUCCUGGUUUGAUUGGAACGACGAAGAAGCUGAUGUGAUCAUGGGCUGAUAUAUGAAUCUACGGACAUGAAAGACAUUCAGAAAUUGAUCCAUGAUGUUAGGUAGCAUGUCCAGCCCAUUUUUAUCAUGUUACAAGCCCAAGAAGAUUCAAAAUCAAGUGGUUUCUUUGCUGUCCAAAGAGAGUGACGAAAAUUAGGUGGUUAAUUGCAUGGAAAGCUUCUCUCUCCUACAUGCAAAGAAUGCUUGUUUCAAGAACACUCUCUCUCCUCCAUGCACUAGUUUUAUCAUUUCCAAUGUAAUAACUAUCUAGCUUUGUGAGCAAGUUUAGUCUCUUAUAAAUAAGUUGUAAUCUCCAUUGAAAUAAAAUAAGAGUUGAGUUUAUAUUUUUGGAACCUUGAGAGUGAUUCUCAAACUUGUUUUCGAUCAUGGUGUGUCAUAUCCAUUGGUCAAAACUUUUAUGAUUGUUGGUGUGUAAUAUCCUUCAGUCUAACUUGGUCUAAUCUAGUGUGUCAUAUCUAGAGGCGGUCAUUAUAGGGUAGUAUCAAGAGACUUUCCGCCCCUCUUGUGUCACCUUUCGAUCCACAUCCCUUGAUCGUUUGUUGCUUUCGGGCUCAUUCGGUGCAAGGCUUAUCCCUUACCAAUUUCAGAGUGUAUUCCUUGGGAGGUUUUUAUCAUUUGGUAUCAGAGCCACUCUGAAAGCGGUAUUCACUUCUGUUAUUCACCAUUCUCAUCUAUCCAUCUUCUAAAAAAAAAAAAGAAAAAAAAAAGUUUUGUUAUUUAUGUUCUACAAAUCUGCUGGAUCUUUUGGGAAGUGUGUAUUCAAGUUUUUCUUUCUUCGGAGAGCAAGAUUUGAGGACAAAUCUUUUUGAAGAGGAGGAGUAUGAUGUGAUCAUGGGCUGAUAUAUGAAUCUACGGACAUGAAAGACAUUCAGAAAUUGAUCCAUGAUGUUAGGUAGCAUGUCCAGCCCAUUUUUAUCAUGUUACAAGCCCAAGAAGAUUCAAAAUCAAGUGGUUUCUUUGCUGUCCAAAGAGAGUGACGAAAAUUAGUGAUGAGGACAUUCAACCAGAGCCGGAACCAGACUUGACUGAACCUGAUAUCCAGGACAUGAUCAGCAACAUAACAAAAUCAGAGACAGUCCAAGAAGUGCCAGUACCAACCGUAUUCAAGGGAGCUAUCACUAGACAAAGAGCUAAGGUACUUCAACAUAAAUUUAAUGAGAGCAUGAUACUUGCUUCUGAUCUUGGACAGGUUAAACUGGCUGAUGAACCAAGCUUGAAGCAAGAUGAACUAAAGGGUGCAGAACCGGUUAAGGAGAAGCAAGCAUCAAGUGAGGAUAUGUGGCCAUUCAUCCCGGAGGAAUGCCACACCAACCUGAUGAUCAUUACCAUGGAAGAUCAACUUGCCUAGCAAGUCUCUUGGACGAAUCUAGCAACUAGGCCAAGCUCUUUGUGUGUGCUCUUUUUCCCUUACUCUUGGUUUUGUCCCAAAUGGGUUUUCCAGGGAAGGUUUUUAACGAGGCCACAACUUGCUUCACACUUAUCCUAAGUGCCAAGUUCGAUCCAAGGCUAAGAAGCCUCAUGACCUUAUUUCAUGUUUUACAUUAUAGUUUGUUUCCUUAUUUGUACUUUCGUGACUUAAGUGGAGCUUGUUCCCUUAGUCCUAUUUAUAUGUUUUCGCAAGCCCACUUUUGGGGCAGACUUUGAAUAAUCAUAAACUUUUCUUUUAAAGAAAACCCUAGAGCUCUCAAGCUAGAACUCGCCUCCUUCUCUUUGCCUUGUGAGACCAGUACCUCCACGGCCUAGAGGAACCUUGUGUUGUAUCACGAGCCUCCCAUCUCUCGUGUGGUGCACUUCAUCCCAUCAUACAGUUCCAGUUCAGAUCCCUUGGUUGAUUAGAUCAGUCCAUCCGGAUCACCCGUGUGUUAGAUCGGCUCCUUCUCUCUUGCUUGGGAACGUACAGCCUUUGUUAGCUUAGGCUUGUAUCAUUUCUGGUAUCAGAGCUGAAGUUCCUUCAGCAUCAGGUUAUAUCUAUCCUUGUCUCUUUUAUUUGCAUCCGAUUGUGAUCCAUUGUUUCUGCUUUCAUGAAAUCAUAAACCAAAUAAAGAGAUCGCGUUUCAUUGUUGCACUUAGUUGUUUUCUUCACAUCUUGCUUGCAUCCGAUUGUUACAUCCUGUCCUGCUUAGUUUUAAUCUUCAUAAAGUCAAAAAAAGAAAAUAAAAACGUGUUGCUAGGAUUGCAUAUUUUGGUUUCCAAUUGUUUGAUCGACAGGUUUAUUCGAUUUCCAUAUUUGCAAAGAGUUUUCAAAUUAUUUCCUUCCCGGUCGAUCACUUUCUCCAAGUCUUUCCAAUUCUAAUUCUACUACAGCUUUUAUUAUUGUCUUUGCCUAUUCGAAUUUAUAAAAAAAAAAAAAAAAGGAAAUUUGUAUCUUUUCUUUCUCGUUUUCUUUCUUAUUUACCUAUUGAAAAGCUAAGGCAUCUCUUGUUUAUCUUGCAAGGUACAACUCAACCGCAUACAUGGGAGAAGCGAGUGAGCAAGCUACCAUGAUGCAAGUCCUCAACGCUUUGAGAGAAGAGAUGAGGGUUAUGCGGCAAGACCUUGGGGAAAGGAUGACUAGAGUUGAGCAAAGACCUCCCCCUUUGCAACCAGUACGGAACGUUGAUAGGUUCUUGAACCCAAACAACAGAAGAUAUGGAGUGCCCGUCCAUGACAACCCGGAGACUAGCACCCGGAACCAGCAGACUGAUGAAGACACGGGGCAGCAGCACGGUCCAAUACCAAACCAGAGAGCAGGGUUGCAACCAGAUGACUAUGGUGAAGAAGAAGAGGAGGAAGGGUUUGCACCUCCACCCAGAGCUCCACGCAGGCAAAACCGGCACCAAGGAUUUGAAGAAGAGGAACUCCUACCUCAACACAGAGCCCCACGCCAACAAAACUAUAACCAAGGGCCUGAGCACAUCAAGAUGAAUGCUCCCGGCUAUGCGGGAAAGGUUGAUCCAGAAGCUUACCUAGACUGGGAGAAAAGGAUGGAUCACAUUUUUGCCUACUAUAACCACCCUGGUCCUAAAAGAGUUGCUUUGGCAGUAGCUCAGCUCACGGACAAUGCACUUUCCUGGUGGGAUAGAUUGUGCUCUGAUAGGAGAAGGAACGGCCUGAGGCAACUAGACUCUUGGCUAGACAUGAAAGAUGCGAUGAAGCAACGGUUUGUGCCUCAACACUUUCACAGAGACUUGCAAAGGAAGUUGCGGGAACUCAAGCAAGGCAGCAAGUCAGUGGAAGAGUACUAUGAAGAGUUUGAGAAACUAAGAAACCGUUUGGACCUUAAUGAAGAUGAGGAAGCUACCAUGGCUCAGUUCCUUGAUGGUUUACAGGAGAGGUUAAGCUGCAAGGUGGAGAGACAUGUAUAUGCUGACAUGAAGGACCUGUUCCAUCUAGCUAUCCAAGCUGAACAACACAUCAAGAAGAAGAGCUCCAAGGGCAAGUCUCAAGUUUCUUGGAAUUCAAGCAAUAGCAACUACAACAAGUCGGUGGACAAAGGAAAAGGGGUUGAAGGAGACAGCCGGCCUAAGCCUCGCACCACCGAACCCACGAAGGACAACAAAACCGAGCCAGCCAAAACUACCAACCCCAACGUGCCAGAGACAUCACCUGUUUCAAAUGUAGAGGCCGAGGGCACAUGGCAAGAGAGUGCCCAAACCAGAGGGUUAUGCUACUCACCGAUGAUGGCUAUGAAUCUCGUGAUGAAGGAGACGUACCUGAGAUUCAAGAAGAGUAUGGAGAAGUUGAAUAUGCUGAUGUGGGAGAGAACUUGAUGAUCCGACGUGUGCUUAGCGUCUUAGUUCAACCCGCCGAGACGAUCCAAAGAGAAAACAUAUUCCACAGCCGUUGCACCAUAAAAGGCAAGGUAUGUAACCUUAUUAUAGAUGGUGGGUCUUGUACCAAUGCUGCUAGCGCUUACAUGGUAGAAAAACUUGGUUUAGAAAAGACAAAGCAUCCGCAUCCAUAUAGGCUAAGGUGGUUAGAUGAUAAGGUUGAGCUUAAAAUUAAGGAACAAGUGAGCAUUCCAUUUAGCAUUGGUAAGUAUCAAGAUGAAGUAGUUUGUGACGUAGUCCCUAUGCAAGCUGGACAUGUAUUGCUAGGAAGACCAUGGCAGUGGGAUAGAGAAACUAAGCAUGAUGGUAGAACUAAUAUGUAUACAUUCAUGCAUGAUAAGCGUAAGAUAAGCUUAGCGCCUCUCACUCCAACACAAGUUCAUGAAAUUCAUUUGCAAAUGGUUAAGGAAAAGGAAAAGUCUGUUAAAUCAAACUUUCUUAUCCGUUCUAGCUGUGUAAGAAAGGCUGCUACUACCAAACACACAAUGCUACUAAUGAUCUUUAAGGAGCUUUUGAGUGCAGGUUCUGAUGAGUUAACUCUUCAUCCAGAGAUUACUAAGCUUCUUGACAUGUUCAAAGAUGUGUUUCCAGAGGAGAUUCCGCACGGUUUACCCCCACUCCGAGGCAUUGAGCACCAGAUAGAUUUUGUGCCAGGAGCUGCCCUGCCAAACAAACCGGCUUAUAGGGUGAACCCGGAAGAGACUAAGGAGUUGGAGAGACAAGUACAGGACCUAUUAGACAAAGGAUACGUGAGGGAGAGUCUCAGUCCUUGCGCUGUGCCUGUCUUACUUGUACCAAAGAAGGACGGGACAUGGAGAAUGUGUGUAGACUGCCGAGCCAUCAACAACAUCACCAUCAAGUAU